AUGGUAUUUUUUUUAAAAACUAUUCUUUUUUCUACUUUUUUACUUACAAUAUUGUCAUUAGAUAAUUUUUAUGACCCUCUAAAUUUUAUUAUGAAGUUGAAUAAUCAUCAUGAAAAUAUGAAUACAAAUUCAUUGAACAAAGCUAAAAAAAUGGAAAAAAAAGAAUUUAGUUAUUAUAAAAAUAAUAAAAUGAACUUCCGUGCAAGUCCUAUGUGUUUCUUUUCAUCUCUUCCAUGUUUUGAUAUGACUCGUGAAUACGCUACCAAUAAAAAAGUACAAUAG